AUGGCGACCACUGGCACCGACGCAGACCACGAAGAUGGUCAAUCCCACCACCUUGAGCACUCGGUCCACCAGCGGCUGAGGGCCAACUCGUCCAUCAUGCAGCUCAAGAAGAUUCUGGUGGCCAACCGAGGCGAGAUUCCUAUCAGAAUCUUUCGAACUGCUCACGAACUCUCCCUCCAGACCGUGGCUGUCUAUAGCUACGAGGACAGACUGGGCAUGCACAGACAAAAGGCGGACGAAGCAUACAUGAUAGGCAAGCGGGGACAGUACACUCCCGUGGGUGCCUACCUGGCCGGAGAGGAGAUUAUCAAGAUCGCUCUUGCCCACGGCGUUCAGAUGAUUCACCCAGGCUAUGGUUUCUUGUCCGAGAACUCCGAGUUUGCUCGAAAGGUCGAGGAGGCUGGCAUUAUCUUCGUCGGCCCUUCUUACCAAGUCAUUGAAGCCCUUGGCGACAAAGUCUCGGCUCGGAGGCUGGCCAUGAAAUGUGACGUACCCUGCGUCCCCGGAACCGAAGGCCCAGUCGCCAAAUAUGAAGAGGUCAAAGCAUUUACCGACAAGUAUGGCUUCCCAAUCAUCAUCAAAGCCGCUUUUGGUGGUGGCGGCCGUGGCAUGAGAGUCGUCAGAGACCAGGAAAGCCUCAAGGAUUCGUUUGAGCGAGCUACCUCUGAGGCCAAAUCUGCCUUCGGCAACGGUACAGUUUUUGUCGAGCGCUUUUUGGACAAGCCCAAGCACAUUGAAGUCCAACUGCUCGGCGACAACCACGGGAAUGUUGUUCAUUUGUACGAGCGAGACUGCAGCGUCCAAAGACGGCACCAAAAGGUCGUGGAACUGGCUCCGGCCAAAGAUCUUCCGUCCGAGGUCCGGGACGCCAUUCUCAACGACGCCGUCAAACUGGCCAAAUCCGUCAACUAUCGCAAUGCAGGCACUGCAGAGUUCUUGGUAGAUCAGCAAAACAGAUAUUACUUCAUCGAAAUCAACCCCAGAAUCCAAGUCGAACACACCAUCACCGAAGAGAUCACGGGCAUUGAUAUCGUCGCUGCUCAGAUCCAAAUCGCUGCUGGUGCAUCCCUCGAGCAGCUGGGCUUGACUCAAGACCGUAUUUCAACCCGCGGCUUCGCCAUCCAGUGCCGUAUCACCACCGAAGACCCUUCCCAUGGGUUCUCUCCGGAUACUGGCAAAAUCGAAGUCUACCGAUCGGCCGGAGGCAACGGCGUUCGUCUCGACGGUGGCAAUGGAUUUGCUGGAGCGAUUAUCACUCCUCACUACGAUUCCAUGUUGGUCAAAUGCACUUGCCACGGUUCCACCUACGAGAUCGUUCGCCGAAAAAUGCUGCGAGCACUGGUCGAAUUCCGGAUUCGCGGCGUGAAGACCAACAUCCCCUUCCUGGCCUCGCUAUUGACUCACCCUACGUUCGUUGAAGGCACGUGCUGGACCACCUUCAUUGACGACACUCCCGAGCUGUUCAAACUUAUCGGCAGCCAGAAUCGGGCUCAGAAGCUCCUUCAGUAUCUCGGCGAUCUUGCGGUCAAUGGGAGCAGCAUCAAGGGCCAGAUUGGGGAGUCAAAAUUCAAGGGCGACAUCAUCAUGCCCACGCUCCUUGACGAGCAAGGCAAAGAGAUCAACGUGGAAGAGCCAUGCACAAAGGGGUGGAAAUCCAUCAUCGACAAAGACGGACCUGACGCGUUUGCCAAGGCAGUUCGAGCGAACAAGGGAUGUCUCCUCAUGGACACUACCUGGCGUGACGCUCACCAAUCUCUGUUGGCCACACGAGUUCGCACCGUUGACCUGUGCAACAUUGCCAAACACACCAGCCAUGCUCUCAACAACGCGUGGGCAUUGGAGUGCUGGGGUGGAGCCACGUUCGACGUUGCCAUGCGAUUCUUGUAUGAGGACCCAUGGGACCGACUGCGCAAAAUGAGAAAGCUGGUGCCCAAUAUCCCAUUCCAGAUGUUGCUCCGUGGAGCCAACGGUGUUGCCUACAAGUCGCUCCCUGACAACGCUAUUUAUCAUUUCUGCAAGCAGGCCAAGAAGAACGGCAUGGAUAUCUUCAGAGUGUUUGACGCUCUCAACGACAUUGACCAACUGGAGGUGGGCAUGAGAGCUGUACAAGAAGCUGGUGGUGUUGUGGAAGCCGCUAUCUGCUACUCAGGUGACAUGCUCGUAAGUUUAUCCGUGCUUCUAUCCCACUCUUUAUCCUUCUUUCCAUCUGUCAACCCCAAGAAAAAGUACAACUUGGAUUAUUAUAUGUCCUUGGUGGAGAAGAUUGUCAAGAUUGGAACCCACAUUCUCGGAAUCAAAGACAUGGCGGGUGUUCUGAAGCCCAAAGCCGCUCGUCUUCUUGUCGGGACCAUUCGCAAGAAAUACCCUGACCUUCCGAUCCAUGUCCAUACUCACGAUUCGGCCGGCACUGGAGUUGCAACGUACGUUGCUUGCGCGGAAGCUGGCGCUGACGCCGUCGACACGGCGUCGGAUUCUAUGUCAGGCAUGACGUCUCAGCCAAGUGUUGGAGCGCUUCUUGCGUCUCUUGAAGGCACGGACUACGACCCGGGACUCAAUGGGCGCAAUGUGCGAGCACUGGACCAAUAUUGGUCCCAGCUGAGACUGCUCUACUCUCCGUUCGAAGCUGGAUUAACUGGGCCCGACCCCGAAGUGUACGAACAUGAGAUUCCUGGGGGACAACUCACGAACUUGAUUUUCCAAGCCUCCCAACUUGGGUUGGGCGCACAAUGGCUGGAGACGAAGAAGGCUUACGAACAGGCAAAUGAUCUCCUGGGAGACAUUGUCAAAGUCACUCCCACCUCGAAGGUGGUGGGUGACUUGGCGCAGUUCAUGGUGUCCAAUAAGCUGGACUAUGAAGGCGUCAAAGCCAAAGCCAAGGAGUUGGAUUUCCCAGAAUCCGUGCUGGAAUUCUUCGAGGGAUACAUGGGUCAACCAUACGGUGGAUUCCCCGAGCCCCUGCGCAGCGACGUCCUCCGCGGUCGACGAAAGAUGGACAAGAGACCCGGGCUGUAUCUCGAGCCUGUUGAUUUUGCUAAGGUCAAGAAGGAGCUCAAGGAGAAGUUCAACACGACUGCUGAGACGGAUAUCGCCAGCUACGUGAUGUACCCCAAGGUGUUCGAAGACUAUCGCAAGUUUGUGGACAAAUACGGCGAUCUGUCGGUGCUCCCGACCAAAUACUUCCUGAACAAGCCAGAGAUUGGCGAAGAGUUCCACGUGGAGCUUGAAAAGGGCAAGGUUCUGAUCAUGAAGCUACUGGCUGUCGGACCAUUGUCGGAAGCUACCGGCCAACGUGAGGUGUUCUACGAGGUGAAUGGCGAAGUUCGACAGGUGACGAUCGACGACAACAAGGCUGCGGUGGAGAACACGAGCCGGCCCAAGGCUGAUCCUGGCGACAGCAGCCAGGUGGGCGCUCCCAUGUCAGGGGUGGUGGUGGAGGUUCGAGCCAAGGAAGGACACGACAUCAAGAAGGGCGACCCGAUCGCUGUGCUGAGCGCCAUGAAGAUGGAAAUGGUUAUCAGCGCUCCACAUUCUGGCAAGGUUGGGGAAAUCCUGGUCAAAGAAGGGGAUUCGGUUGCUGGGUCGGAUUUGAUCUGCAAGAUUGCAAAGGCGUGA